CUGCACUGCACACGAUCUGAAGACUGAAGAACUUUUUCAGACAUUGCAUAGGAUUUGCUCUCGUGCUUUAAGAGUGGCUUGAACACAGGAAAGCAAAAUGAGUAACAUCUAUGAGUCAGCCGCAACCACACUGGGUCUCUUCAACAGCCCAUGUCUAACAAAAGUGGAGCUCCGUGUGGCCUGCAAAGGAAUAUCUGACAGGGAUGCUCUGUCCAAGCCUGAUCCCUGCGUAGUCCUCAAGAUGCAGUCCCAUGGACAGUGGUUUGAAGUGGACCGGACAGAGGUGAUACGCAGCAGCAUCAGUCCUGUCUUCUCCAAAGUCUUCACUGUAGACUACUAUUUUGAGGAAGUGCAACGGCUCCGUUUUGAGCUGCAUGACAUCAGCAGCAACCAUAAUGGACUUAAAGAGGCUGACUUCCUGGGUGCCAUGGAGUGCACGCUCGGACAGAUUGUGUCACAGAGAAAACUCUCCAAAGCUUUACUGAAGCAAGGAAACACAUCCGGAAAAUCAUCUAUUACAGUCACAGCGGAAGAGCUGUCUGGGAAUGAUGACUAUGUGGAGUUAGCCUUCAGUGCCAAGAAACUGGAUGACAAGGAUUUUUUUAGCAAGUCAGAUCCAUUUCUGGAAAUCUUUAGAGUGAAUGAUGAUGGCACAGCAUCACUGGUGCACAGAACAGAGACUAUAAUGAACAACCUUAGUCCUGUCUGGAAAUCAUUCAAAGUUUCUUUAAACACACUCUGCAGUGGAGACCAAGAGCGAGAACUAAGGUGUACAGUAUGGGACUGGGAUUCUAAUGGCAAACACGACUUCAUUGGAGAAUUUCAAACCACCUUCAAAGAGAUGAAAUCAGCCAUGGAUGGGAAGCAGCUACAAUGGGAGUGUAUCAACCCUAAAUACCAAAUGAAAAAGAAGAACUACAGAAAUUCUGGGAUGGUGAUUCUAACCCUGUGCAAGAUCAUAAAGAUGCACUCUUUUCUGGAUUACAUCAUGGGAGGUUGUCAAAUUCAGUUCACAGUAGCGAUUGAUUUCACUGCUUCAAAUGGCGAUCCUCGAAACAGCUGCUCCCUCCACUACAUCCACCCUUACCAGCCCAACGAAUACCUCAAAGCCCUGAUUGCUGUUGGCGAGAUCUGCCAGGACUAUGACAGCGACAAAAUGUUUCCCGCUUUUGGUUUUGGAGCGCAAAUCCCGCCGGAAUUCAAAGUUUCACAUGAUUUCGCUGUGAAUUUUGAUGAGGACAACCCAGAAUGUGCUGGUAUUCAAGGUGUGGUGGAGGCUUAUCAGAACUGCCUGCCGAAAAUCCAGUUAUACGGUCCCACUAAUAUUGCUCCCAUCAUCCAGAAAGUUGCCAACUCUGCCUCUGAGGAGAUGCAUACCAAAGAGGCCAUGGAGUACUUUAUUCUGCUAAUACUGACAGAUGGAGUGAUCACAGAUAUGGCAGACACACGAGAGGCCAUCGUCCAUGCCUCUCACCUGCCCAUGUCUGUCAUCAUCGUCGGUGUGGGCAACGCAGAUUUCAGUGACAUGCAGAUGCUGGAUGGUGAUGAUGGAAUACUGCGCUCGCCCAAAGGAGAACCUGUCCUGAGGGACAUCGUUCAGUUUGUCCCCUUCCACAACUUCAAACAUGCCUCUCCUGCAGCGUUGGCUAAAAGCGUACUGGCUGAGGUCCCCAAUCAAGUGGUGGAUUACUACAAUGGAAAAGGCAUCAAGCCCAAAUGUCUAUCGGACUAUGAGUCUUCCAUGGCAUUUAGCCCCUGAGCUACAAACAGCCAUAGAGUUGCCUCGAUACACAAUUUCAAUGAUCUUCAAAGCUUAAUGACAACUUCAUUGAUCAUUUCAGAGAUUGCAGCAGCACUAUAAGUAUUGAGAGGCAGGUCAAUCCUAGUUUUUUGGAUGUUUAUCAAUCAAGCUUACACCUUAGGAUUUCCAUAGCAUA